AUGCGUCAAUCCAUUGCUAUCCUCUCCAUCCUGGCAAGCGCGGCUUGUGCUCAAGACGUCGUCAGCUUCUUUUUCCCUGGUGGUUACGAUGGCGUUGACCCUGUCGCGACCAUCAACACCGUCAAUCCCUCGACUACCGAGUUCCAUAUCGCUUGCCCUACCGACACCGACGACUCCGAAUGCGGCUGGGGCCCAGGCCUCGACGUCACCAUCCUCUCCCAAACGCGCUUCCAAGCCCAGAUGUCAACCGACGUCGUAUCGAUGAGCCUCGGAUGUGACUACAAUGAGAAGGCGGUUGAAAUGACUUGCACGGUGAACCAAGUGGGCGGCAACGACGACACUGGCGGUGAACCCAUCACUGCGACGCUUUCCAGUGAUGACGUGCAGUUUCUUUCUGCUACUGUUGUUGCAGGAAACAGCCUCUUGACUGAUGCUGGAAGUAUGGUUCCUAGUAUGACUGGAUUCGCGCAAAGCAGCAGCACCAUUGCCACUGCAACAAGGAGUGCUAGCGCGGGUUUGAUGACUCCUAGUGGAUCUGUAGCGCCGACUAGCACAAUGGCUUCAGCUUCAGCUUUGGCUUCGGGUGCUACGUCUGCUGCUAGUGGCUCCUCGUCGGCGUCUGUCUCUGCGCCUGAGAGCACUGGUGCUGCUUUCAAGUACGGUAUCGAGGGCUCUAUGCUACUUGCCCUUGCUGGUGCUGCGGCGCUGAACGCCUGGUAA